UAACCAGAUGAUUCAAGUUGUUGACAUCUUUUGAAUAUUGUAAUUUAAUACACAAUUUUUCUCAUGAGGUUGUGUCGUUAAUUGUUGUGAUUUGAGUUUGUUGAAUCACUAUCUAUAAAUGGUUCAGUAAUUAUUGACUUGCUUGUCAACAUAAAUCAGUGUUGUAUUUUGUUAAUCUCGAAUUAUGGUGACUCGAAAAGGUCUAUUUGUUCACUGUUUCUUUGGUUUUGUGUAAUCUUUUGGCUUGUUUAUUCUUCUGUUCGUGUUUCCAUCUUCCUUGUUGAUGUAGUUUAAGUAACGCAAAUCAAUUUAAUUAUGAUACAGCUCUUGAUACGUUUGAUUAAUCGUCUUUUGAAAAAGGAUAAAACUCCAUUGAUCUUUGUUAUAGGACCUACUGGAGUUGGUAAAACUAAAUUAUCAGUCGAAUUAGCGAAACAUUUUGAAAGUGAAAUAAUUUCAGCUGAUUCAAUGCAGCUUUACAAAGAUCUCGACAUUAUAACUAACAAAGCGACUGAUCAAGAAAAGCAGGGAGUUCCUCAUCAUCUCAUUGAUUUUGCUGAUCCUCUACGUCCUUUUACUGUUGUUGAUUACCGGAAUAGAGCUCUACCCAUAAUUGAGAAACUUUUAAAGGAAAAUAAAACACCCAUAAUUGCUGGGGGAACCAUGUAUUAUGUGGAAAGUAUUUUGUACAAAAUAUUGAUUAAUCCUGAUGACCAAGGAGAUGAUUUAGUGACUGAAAAAGAUGAGGAAACAAUGAGAGGAAUGAUCGAUUCAGGAAAUGUUACUUUAGAUGGAACCAUUGACAAGGAAACCUUAUUUGCUCGUCCAAUUAUUCCUAAAGCCUUAAAAUCUGUCCCAUCUGAAGUUCUUCAUUCUAUUUUGAGAAUGGUAGAUCCAGAAAUGGCCAAUCAAUUGGAUCCAAAUGAGAAAAGAAAAAUAAUUCGAAGUUUACAGGUUUACCAGAAAUCAGGCAGAAAACAUUCUGAAUGGAUUGAAGAGCAAAAAUCUAUGAAAGGAGGAAAUAAAUUUGGUGGUCCGCUCAGAUAUCCCAAUUCAUUAAUAUUUUAUCUUAUCUGUGAUGAAGAAGUUCUUAAUAAACGCUUAGAUGACAGGGUUGAUUCAAUGAUUGAGCAAGGUUUGAUUGAUGAAAUGACGAAAUUUCAUGAGAAUUACAACAUGACUCGAUUGGAACAAAAACAAACUGCCGAUUAUACUGAAGGAAUCUUUCAAAGUAUUGGUUUCAAAGAGUUUCAUAGUUACCUGAUGUUGAGCCCCGAGGAGAAAGAAAGUGAAAAGGGCCAAAAAUUACUGAAGAACAGCGUUGAAAGGUUAAAACUGGUUACCCGUAGAUAUGCUCGUAAACAAAAGAAAUGGAUCAAGAAUAGAUUGCUAAGUGCAACUGAUAGACCAACUCCAGAUAUAUUUGAACUGGACACAACUAAUCUAGAUCAAUGGAAUACUCAAGUGAAGGAAAAAGCGAUUGAAAUAGUUAAUUUAUUUAGUCAUUAUCAGUCUUACCCUGAUGAAUUUAAGCCUAUUAAACAAACUGUUUAUGUGUGACUGACAAUUUUGCUAUUUAAAGAUAGUAGGAUAAAGAUGAAAAAUAGGCCGAACAAAAACGAAACGUACACUUUUCGAUGAUUGGUUUAUGUUUUUAAAUUACUUCAAUUACAAUGGUCAUCAUUCUUUCCAUCAGAAUGAUUUAGUUCGAAAAUGUUUCGUAAUAAAGUAAACUUACCUACAUUUGUUAUACUAAUCUGAAAAGUUUAGAUGAUAGAAAUUGAGGAAACUAUUUUCAAAUUCUAUCUGUGCUGGUUAAUUGAAUGUUAUCAAGGUAUAAGUAUUUACAACAUAAACGAAUUUGUCAUUUCUUUUCUUC